AUGUCUGAAGGACAAGCUACAGAUUCUGUCGAAGAUGCAAAAUCUGCAGAUCCUACAGUACCGAAACAUACUGUAAACUAUGGCGCCUUUGGUGAAAUUUUGUACCAUCUAGUGUCUUUCACGGAGGGCUACGAGCAACAGGUGUUGUACAUGUGUGUUAGGACUUUCGAGUCAAGUUUGGGGUUUUCUAAGACGCAAUUGUCAAUGUUGGUAACCGUGUCUAUCAUGUCGCGCAUGUUUUGCUCAUUAAUCUGGGGUUUGCUGGCAGACGCGUUUGAGUCCAAUCUUGUGAUGGCUGCCGGGUUGUUAUUCAUGGGUAUUGCGUCAAUACUUCUAAGUUCCACGUCGCACUACCACGCGAUUUUAUUUUUGCGUUUUUUACACGGCGCCGCGUUUGGCUGUAUCUACCCAGUUCAACAAAAAAUUGUUGCGGAAUCAGAAGAAGAGGAGGAUAACAGCGGUGUAUUCACCCGCCUUCAUGCUUUGAAUUGCAUUGGGCGUAUGUUAUGCGCCGUCAUAACUACAGAGGCUGCUCAAAAUGUUUUGCUGGGAUAUGUUGGCUGGCGUGUCUCAUACAUUGUGUUGGGCUACGUAUGGAUUUCAGUUGGUAUCGCAAUUAUAUUUGGAAUGAAAAGUGAGGAGUAUCUUAGCUCUCCUUAUCAAUCCGUACAGAAUUUCAAAGACCGAUUAAGCGGAGCGGUUGGAGCGGUUUUUACGAGUGGAACUGCAUUUUUGUCUAUAUUUACCAUGUUGGUUGCGGAGGCUCCGAUGUGCACACUUCCUCACAUGAUCACAUACCUGGAAUACUUGGGAGUCUCUGACCUCAAGGCGGGGAUUGCUAUUGCAGUCACCACGAUUGGCGGAGCAGCAGGAAGUGCAGCUGGGGGAAUAGUUAUAGAGAAAAUUGCAAAGUUGGUUUCAGAUCAUGGCGAACUUAUUGCGGGAAUCGUCGUGAUGGUGGUCCGACUAGUCGUCUGUUUGCUGUUCUUUAUGUCUCCGGCGCCAUCUGGGCGUCUCCUUUGGUAUCAUUAUGUUGAGUUUGCAAUUGUUGGGGCAACCUUAGUUACUGUCGGCGGUGUAGAUAGACCUAUUAUGAAGAAAGCAAUCGAGGACCAGUACCAGGCUAGUGCGUCCGCCCUAAUCCAAUGCAUAUCCGGCAUUUCAAUUAGCGUAAGUUUCGUCGAGAUUUUCGGAUAUUUGUCUGAAAAAGUGCAUGGCUACGUCCCCUCAAAAGAGUCACUUGAAAGCAUGGAUGACAGCGUCAAAGACGGUAAUACUGAAGCCCUGAGGAAAACGACGAUGUACAUUAUUGUGAUAGGCACACUGUUAAACAUUGCUUGCUACAUUGCGUUGAUUUUUAUAUAUCCAAAGGAAAGGCCGUCAAUUGUUAAAAAAAAUGAAGAAUGGCGAGAAGCUAGGGCAGAAAAGCUGAAGGAAAUAAGAGAAAGGGCAAGGGAGAAGGAAACUGCAGUGGACGUGGUAGUUGUAAUGCCACCUGAAUCACCGAAAUACCCAAUGGAAGAGCCAGUGGAAGUGGUACCGGAGGAAGAGGAACAUGAAUUGCCAGUUGAAGAGGAAGUGCCAGUGCUUGAAGCGUCGGCAGGGGAAGCGGGCUCGCCACGACGUGUGGACGUAAAUGAACGUGUGUCCACAGUAACAAGGAGCGAUAAGGAGGGAGGUUUCAUGUCGGAGAGAGAGGAGGAGGCAAGGAGUGAGAGGUUGAGACAGCUAGAGGAGGAGCGGACUUCGAAAAUGCGUGGUAAACAUAGUUAG